AUGGCAGCACUCCGCUCCCUUCCAACCAGUCAUCGAAUCAUGUGGUUGCAGUCAUCUCAAAGCAAUCGCUUAGAUGUGACGCAAUGGCUGCAGAUGUACAAUGGUGUUCAAUCUGCCGAGAUCUUCAAAGAAACCAUUGUGGACGAUUCGCGCGCCUACACGUAUUUCCUGCGUUCGGCACAGCCAUCCGCAGCAUGCAGGAAGUCCAUCUCGGUCUCCACUACCGUGCAUGAGGCUGAAACCCUCCUUCGUGUAGAAAAGUCCCCGCUCGAAGCUUCAAGCCUUACGGCUGGUCACUACUCCUUUGGGAAUCGAAGGGCAGUAGAGCUCGCACUGAGGGUGCAAAGCUCUAGGCCACCAACUCCCUUCUCUCAACUAGUGACUGAGUUCGCAGAUAAGCACUGCUGUUCUUGUUACAACAAGAGCAAGAAUGUAGAUAACAGGGCUACUAAAGAAGACAAGCUCACCCCGAUUGCUAUCAUUGGCAUGUCUGUCAAGUUCCCACAGUCUGCGUCAAAUUUGGAAGGCUUCUGGGAGAUGCUUCUCAACGGAAGGUCCGCAAUAUCGGAUUUUCCGGAACAGCGUUUGAAUAUAAAUGCGUUCUUUUAUUUAGACGAAAAUAAACGUGGUUCUUUCCCUGUUCUUGACUUUGGGGCACAUAUCAACGCACUAGACAGCCAGUCCAGCAGUGCCUUGUACCUAGCAUAUACCUGGGACUAUACUAGUAUCGCGAUUCAUUUGGUUAACCACGUCGCAGACGUUAGUACGAAAACUGAGCGUGGUGAUAAUCCUUUGCUCGCAGCUCUACGCAGAGAGAAUAACAAGGUUGUUGAACUUCUGUUAGAUCGAGGGGCCGAUCUCAAUAGCGAAUAUGAUAUAUUCGAUGGAGAUUUUCUUGCUAAUGCUAAGGCAAGAGGUCAAGAGGAUUAG